CAAAGGGAAGCAUCCAUCCUCUCCAGCGGCUCCAGAUCCGGCGGCCGGUGGCGCCCUCCUCCCUCGCCAACCAACGGCGCUGAUCCCCUCCGCCAUCUCCGUCCGACACCCUCCGCCUCCACCUCCAAAAAGGCCCUUGCGAUGUCGGAGGGGCUCGACGGGACGGAGAACGGCGGCGGCAGCGGCGGCGGAGGGAGGGAGCAGGACCGCUUCCUGCCGAUCGCCAACAUCGGCCGCAUCAUGCGCCGCGCCGUGCCGGAGAACGGCAAGAUCGCCAAGGACACCAAGGAGUCCGUCCAGGAGUGCGUCUCCGAGUUCAUCAGCUUCAUCACCAGCGAAGCUAGCGACAAGUGCCUCAAGGAGAAGCGCAAGACAAUCAACGGCGACGACCUGAUCUGGUCAAUGGGCACGCUCGGAUUUGAGGACUACGUCGAGCCCCUUAAGCUCUACCUCAAGCUCUACCGGGAGACGGAGGGUGACUCAAAGAUUCCAAGAGCUUCUGAACAUCCAGUAAAGAAAGAUAUUUUACUUAAUGGAGAUCCUGGAUCAUCGUUUGAUGGCAUGUAGGAUGAGGACAGUGAUACUGAUUGGCACGCUAAUGGCAUCUAGGACGAAGAACGUCGUUUUGUUCUUGGAGAAGACCUUCCCUGCAUAGCCGCAUCCUGUUUUGUGCAAACAGGAUUGCUUAAAAUCCCCUGUUAUCACGAACGUUCGUCACUUCUUUUGAUUUGUUCUUCUUGUGUUAGCCGGGAUGUGCAAACUUCUCGUUGUAGGUUAGUUCAGUCGUGGGUAGUGUGGUUCUGUCUUACCAGUCUGGCCGUUUGGCCCUGUCCUGCAUGCUGAAUUCAGAGGGGGUAAAAAGAUGUAGAGAAACUUCUCUAAACUCCCGUAGCUUCAAGCAGGUCGGAUGCUGUCUGCUGACACAAGUUUGUGCAAAGUUGUUUUUCGAAUUCUAA